AUGUGGGUAAAUUUGGAGAAGGAUAGAUUGAUGGGUUUUCGUGUAUUCACUCGUGGGAUUUGGUACGCGUUGACGAUUUUCUCCUGCUUUGGCUUGUUGGUAUACGGGAAAGAAGUUUUGUUUUCUCCCCUUAGAUUCGGCGUCACGACCUUCUUUGCCGUGAUGCUACUCAGGUGUUUGUUCUUCGUCAAAAACCCAAGCCCUACGACUCCGGUUUUGAAAUAUAUCAGAGUUGUGACCUCUUUGAUCACAUUAUCAUUCAUGUUCUAUAUUCCUUUCUAUUACCCUACCACAGAUGUUCUCGUUACGAUUUUUUCGUUGCUUGCUGGAGGAAUCUCAAUCUAUCAACUCUCUUGCACAAUGGACAUUGGGCAUGGUCUUCUCCUUCUCUUUCUUGCCUUUGCUAAUGGUUUUAUAGGCAUGGACAAUGCUUCUCAAAACCUUGACGCAUUCUUGGGUGUUUAUUUCAUUUGUUUCUUUCAGUCCAUUGUCUACGUUUACAAUUUUCAGUUUCUAGCUAAUGUAGUCUAG